CACUUGCACAUUACACACCAACAAACAUUCAUUACUCCCGCUGCUCUGAAGAGGUCCACAUCAUCAGACACCACCAUCACCUUGUCUGCGAUACGACCUGCAGACCAUGCCCCCAUCCCCUUACUCGCGCCUCUCUCCUCGACGCACACGCUUCAUACUGAAGCGCCCCUCGACCUUUUCCUUCCCACGAGGAGGUAUUUCCCUCGCACUGCUUGCUGUCGUCGAUCACUCCAGAUCGCUUCCUGUACCGCGCUCACUUCAAUUCGCCUUGAUCAUCAUCCUCAGCGGCGCCCCCAUCACGAAGGGGCGUGCUGGGAUUGCUGAGCAGGUGCAAGUGGGACGAAGGCGCUUCGGAGAGUGCAGCAGCGGCAGCAACAGCGUCAAGGGGCGCACAAAACGCCAAGUCGUCGGGCUGGAAGAGUCGGCUCGGUUUGGGCAAUGCGUCGAGGAGAACAGCAGCGCAGGGUGAGGGAGAUGGGCAGCGCGCAUCCAAGGCGUUACCGGCAAGCGUAUGGACCACGACGACGAAGACUGAGCAGCGGCAGGGAC